AUGUCGAAGGCAGCAAAGAAAAAGGACUAUUCUUCUAGUAAAGUGUCGUUAUCCGAGCGGCAGACGGAUGCAGUUUCCCUACAAGCCACGUCCUCUGAAAGCCUAGGGGGUGCAUGGAAUGGCAGAUUCCCCAUUUGGCCCGAGUGGAGUGACGCAGACGUCAACGAAGAGAAAUGGGACUUAAAGACAGUCUUUGAAGACCCUGAAGGUAAAAUUUCCCUGCCUUCAUGUUUUAAAGUCCACACCUGGAGGCGUCCAUCAGAGUUUGAUGUUAACAAGGGCCUCACUGUUGUUGGAAAUCAAACCUCCUUUGACCUGAUCUCCUGUAAUCAUCACCUGACCUGCAGUGAGCUGAUGAGGUGGAUCAUCAGUGAGAUCUAUAUUGUCUGGAGCUUACAUAACAGCAAAUCUACAAAGCAAGAUGGUUGGAGACCUUGGGAGCUCAUCUACUCACACUGCAAGGUCGUGAGAGGUCACGUGCCACUUUACAACAUCUAUGGAAAGUACGUGGUCAGACUCUACUGGAUGGGUUGUUGGAGAAAAAUAACAGUGGAUGAUUCCAUGCCAUUCGAUGAAGAAAACAACUUGCUUCUCCCUGCCACCACCUGUCAGUCAGAGCUUUGGCCCAUGCUGUUGGCUAAGGCUCUCAUUAAAGUGGCCAACACAAAUGCAGUGUCAGAAGUCUGGGGGGAGAUGGGGGUGUUCACCUUCAUCCACAUCCUGACCGGCUGGAUUCCAGAAAUCAGUCCUAUAAAAUCUAUUCACUUGGGGAAAACCUGGGAUUUCUUACAAGACACCAUUCCCAUAUUUGCACAUCCAGAUGAGAGUUUGCCAGAGACAAAGCCUCAGACUGCAGAUCCAGCUGCAGGAAGAGAGUCCAGCCUUUCUAACAGCAGGAGUCAGCUGCAAGAGCCAGAGAAAAGUGAAGAUACUCCUGAGGUAGUGGUGUGUGCCAGCUAUUACCUAAGACAUCCAGAAAACACAUCAUUUGGGUUUAGAGAACUGGCUGAUUCCUCAGAGUGUCUCCGCCGGUACGGCCUCUCCCUGCAGCACAGCCACAUCAUCUUGUUGACCAGAACACGGGCAUGCCAGCUGGAGGUACCGCCCAAACCUCCACCUGUACCCCAAUGGAAACUCAUCCGCCAGCACAAGGAAAGAGUGAUCACUGAUGAACCACAGAAGCUCCCUUUGUUAAAACCAGAGCGGUUCAUAGAGGUUGCCAGCCCUUUUCUCUCCUCUCGUGUCGAGAGCAGCAUUGGCCAGAUCCUGGAGAUAGAAGCCAAGCUGAGCACACAGAGGAGGCGUUCCCAUGGAUCCCUGCUGGUGUCCAUCACUGAGAGAGAGGAGAGUGAAAGCCAAGAAGGCACUGAGUCUGAUACAACUGAUCACACCACCAGCUCAUCAAACGAUACACCAGACAAAACACAUGUACAGGGACAUUCUGUUUGCUGGGCUACAAAGGUGGACGCAGAGGACAAGAAGAAGGACGAUGAUGACAAAUCCGAUGGUCAUCCUAAAAAUGCAGCAAAACAGCCAAUCACAGAGGAGGCUUCUGCCCCUCUCAGACCCAUCCUGCAGCAGACUUGGGUGGAUCUGGAGGACUUUGAUAAAUGCUUUCAGACUCUCUUGGUCUUCCAUAAACCACACAAGUACCCACACCAUGUCCAUAAAUCUCAUUUUAAGAGCAGCAUCUUGCCCAAAACUGCAACAAGUAUGAACUCCACUGGAUCUUCACACUCUCUGACAACAGGAUCCCUACAUGUGUCAUCUACUGUAGCAAGCCAUGAGUGUCUAGAGGUGAGAGGCACUGACUACCUGUAUGUGGACAGCCUACAAACUUCACAGAUCCUCAUCUGCUUUUCUCCUCUGCUUCUCUGGGGAGAUACAGCUGAGGAGAAGAAGAAAAUGACAGCAGCACGCAGGUCUGCAGUUCUCAGCGCCCAGCUGCACUCGUGGUUAAGCCUGCAGUCUCAGCUGCCACUUCUCACCAUCAAGUCCAUGUCGUCGAAGGCAGCCAUGCUUAACUUACCCCCAGGGUGCCAUGUUUUGUCCCUCCACACAAAAGCAGCACUGGGUUACCACAUUCACCUGUGUAGCAAGACACCUUUCAUCUUUGGGGAUGAAGAAACCAUCAUGCCACACCUUACCAAGGAAAGUGCCAGUUUUACUGAGCAGGCCUUGUGCAUAUUCAGGGCUUUGUGCAGAGUGGUGUCUUCUUUCAAUGAUGAGCAGGAACAGCAAGUCGCCAGACAAGCACUGGAAGAGGCUCACUUCCCAAAAAAUAGCAACAUCAACCUGACAGAACACUACAAGGUAUUUAACUCUGCAGUUUACCACAUGCUGUGUGAAGCUCUGGGGAGAAAGCUGACAGCAGAGGAAGAGGUUGCUUUACUUGUCCUAACAACUGACCCAUCUGUCAUAGCCACUGAUCCUAAAGAACACUGCACUACAGCAGGUGCAGAGGCUCCAGAAAGUUGGAGUGAGAGGGAGCCAAUAGACAGGGAAGUAAAGGCAGUCACCACUUCACAGGCUGGAUUCAAAGGGCACUCAGGGAGAGAGGUUCUUGACGCCUCAAAACCAGGUAACUCUUCCACUUGUAAGAGGUCUCAGUACACUACAAAGUCAGGUUCAAAGAAGAACCUCAGUGCAUCUCAGAUCCUUCUAGACAUGUGGCCAAAGGUUGAAUCAAAUGCAGAAAAACAUGCUAACUUCUUGCUAAGGUAUAUCAUUGAACACUCUGAAAGGAAGGCAGAGCUCUACCCUUGCCAGCAGGAUGAAUCAACCAGAAUCACCUUUGCUGAUUACUCUGUCCCACUUCAAGACACAGCAAACUCCUGGGUCUUGAUCUUCAGGGAGGUGUUCUUGGUCUCUGAAGAGAUGCUGCUGGUACCAAAGAUCUACUCACCGAUUCGUAAUUGUCUACUGCAUGUCAUAAAUAAUGACACAGGAGAGGAGCUAGAUUUGGUUUUUAACAAAGUACCCCCCCAUAUUUAUAAACCCAACCAGCUUGGUUAUACAUUUGUUGCAGAGGCCAUCACACCUGAGUCACCCCCUGCCAGUGCCAAGUGGAGGAUGCGCCUGAUUGGCUCAAGAGGACAACUGCCAAAACUGUCCCAUGAGGCUCCACUUAACACAUUUUCUAUCAAAGAAUACAAAGAUUAUUACAUUCCCAAUGACAAAAACCGUAUUUGUCGUUUCAUUGUGGAUGUGACAACAGAUGUCUUAGGGACGAUUCAUCUUCAGACCUCCAAGUGUGAUGCUUUGAUCUGUCUGUCCAUUCUGGACCAGGAGAAGGUGGUAAUCAGCAACACUGGGAAGGGCCACGUGCUUAUUCCUGUGUUCAAUUUCCUGUCAAACAAAGAGGACAGUUGCUCGGAUGAGAAUAAGCAGGACAAGAAGAGAUCCCACUGCCAGGACAAGGGAGUGAAGGUGGAAGACACUUCCCAGCACAGAGAAGCAGUGGACAGCACAACUGGGAAAUCAGACUCAGACCAGUCUCAUCCUCCCCCAGAGACAAAGGGUCAUAAGUACGUGCUGCAGGCAGAGGUGCUUUGCAAGAGCUGGGAUUUGGAUGAAUCUCAACUGGAGUUUGUCCAUGUGCUCAGAGAGCUGGAGAAGACAGAAAGGAUAGUUUACAAGCCUGAGAACUUGAAGCAGACAUCCUCUAGUGACACCCCGGCCCAUGAUGGGCCCAAAUCCAACACACCCAAAGCCAGCCGCAAAGGAGAAGGUGACAAGGAGAAGGGGAAGCCAUCUGGCGUCUCCAAAUCUGGCUCCAGGCAGGAAACGAGUUUUGACUCGACUAAGGCACACUGGUCGCUGCAUGUGGUCAGUGACAUAAGCAAAGCAGAGAGCAUCAAGGUGACGAAGGACACAGAGAGACUGGAGCAGAUUAAAGCCAUAAAAAAAGCCUGGGAGUCGGCUGAACCAGGCCGCUAUGCAAAGGCUCUCGAGUCUCGUCUUAAAUAUCUCAACCAACAACAAGCAAAUAAAGAAACACCCACAAAUGAUGCAGAAAGCAGAGAUUCAGCUGCUUCUCUCAGUCCAUUUGAUCAGAACCUGACCAAUACCAUCUGCUCUGCUCCUAAAACAGACUUGAACCCCUUCAUCAGAUGUCAAAAGGAUUUUCCAGUGCUCAUGGACCCACAGAUCGAAGAAAUGCAGCAGAGUGAGCGCUUUGAAAAAAUCCAGGCUUACCGUCUGCUCCGUGACAAUUUCAUAGAGCACCAGAGACAACAGGAGCUCAACAUGAAGGAGGUCAUGAGACAACAGCUGGAGAUGUAUGAAAACGUGCAAGCAGCCUUGUGGCAGCGCUUCAAGAAAUUCCGCGACGCUUGCGAUGCAUUCAGUAGCCGUCAGAUGGCGACCAUGAAGAAGGAACAAGGAGAGAACCAAGCUGUGGAGGAGGCCCAGCAGGCAGUUCUGGAAAAAACAACCCCAGCCUCUGCAAAGAAACAAGCCAAGAGUGCUGGCAAGAAGAAAUGAUGGUCUUUGGCACAGGCUUCCUGUCUCAGUUUCCUCUUCAGACACUUCUGAACAAGUCUGCUUGAACAGUGAGCAAUCACAACAUCACAGCCAAUACUUGAUGAUAUAAUAUCCGAUUGUUGCUGUACCACAUUCAAAACUCUGAGUCACUUUCAAGGAAUAUAAAAGUAGUGAAUGUACAUUGCUAGUUGACAGGUAGAUGCAGUGUUUUUACCAAUUAUUUUCAGACUUUAAUACUGUAUUCAGUGCCA